CAAUUCAGAGGAGAGCUCAGCCCAUUAGAAAUGCUUUUCUUGUCCCUGGACCAUUUCCCCUCUUUCCCCCGGAAUCCCUAGCUGCUGCUGCCGCCGUCGCCGCCGCCGCCAUUCGAUCUACCAACUCUGCUUCUUCUUGGUGCUGUUCCUCUGUAGAUCUAUCCGCUAGCUGAGGCCUGAGGCGAUGGCGGCCGCGCCCGGCGAUGAGGUUCCGACGCCUUUCGCGGCCCCUGUUCCUCCGGCCACGGCUGUUGCUGGCUGGUCCUCGCUACCGACCGACCUCGUGCGCCGCAUCGCCGACUGCCUCCUCGACACCAACGACGUCGACUGCUAUGUGGACCUCCGCGCCGUCUGCCACAACUGGCGCUCCGCCACCGACGACCCGAGGAGCGACGUCUCCGACCCCCGCUUCCACCCGCGCUUCUGGAUAGUCCUCGACGACGACGGGGCCUUCCAGAGCGACGACAGCCGGGUCUUGGUGAACACCGCCACCGGCCGCUUCCUCCGCAAGAAGCUCCCGCUGCCCCGCCACUACUACGUGGUCACCACCACUGUCAGCGGCUUCUUCGUCCUGGCCGACAGGAGCCCGCCUCACGCUGCUCGCGUCCUCAACCCUCUCAUAGGCGCCGUGGUCCGUUUCAAGGCGCCCCUGCCCCGGGACGCGUCCGUCGCCGUUUUCCUCUUCUGUGGCGGCACCUCGCACAAUCUCACCGUGCUCUGUGACUCAACUCGCAAGUAUUACACAGCAGUUCCUGAGAGCAAACGUUUCGCCCCCGUGACCACCAACGAUGUUAUGUACAAUUACAUGAGGAAGGCGGUGGUCGGCGGCGUGUACGCCAAUGGCGGCGGCUGGGCAUCGGUGGCGCAGUCUAAUGUCAUCAUGGAGAAAUUGUUCAAUUUGUCAGAGCAGCUUAAGGUCCAUUUCGUCAAGUUUUUCUCUGUCGACCCUCUUGGUCAUCGCGGCGAUGUCAGGUGUUUCCUACUGGAUUUUGGUGGAGAAGUCUUUUUCAUCACAAAGGCAUGGGGACGCGUUAUGGUUCUCGGCAUCGAACCAACGGAGAAACAGAUGCUCGCGCCUGUGGAGACCGUGGGCAGGUAUGCCAUCUUCGUCGGCCAUCAAAGGUGCCUGGUUGUUGAUGCCGCCAAGUUCCCAUCCGUUGAGGCAGACUGCGUCUACUACACUCUAGACGUUGGUAAAUUUGCUUUCAUCUGGAAGCACAGCAUCAGUGAUGGGAAAGAUGAGAGGGUGUUUGACGCCAUCGAUUUCGUCAAGGAGAACAAGCGGUUUGUCCCUGUCGGUGCCCGUCCUUUCACCAUCAUCCAGCUUCUCUCGAGCUACACCAUCAACCUCAGUGAUUCUGAACUGGCCUCAAAACAAAGCUCGUAAGGUGCCAACAAAUCUUGCUCUGUCUUUUGGGAUAGUGAUUCCAAUGACCGGCAAUGCUAUGUCUUUUGUUUUGCCUUGACUUGUUCCGGGUAAAAUCAGGUUGACUCUAGGAGUCUAGCUUAGAAGGAACUACUGUAAGCUGCUUAAUUAGGAGGACAUGCUAUCAGCCUUUUGCUACAUCUAUUAUGAUUGAUGCUAUCUAUUGUACUUCUUAGCCA